AUGACAGUGGCGAGCAGACUCAUAAACAAAGUACAGACUGGGUUCAUGCAAGAUAGAUACAUUGGUGACCAAGGAAUGGCUCUGCGAGUGAUGAUGGACAAUGCCAAGACAGCAAAGGGAAAUGACAAAGAUGAAUUUGAAGAAUAUGUGGGAGUCAUGUUGGAUAACAACAAAGCCUACGACCGAGUGCACCCACACUACCUGGCUCAGGUACUCCAGAAGUUUGGAUUCCCAAUGGAGUUCAUUAGAUGUAUAGAAAACCUGUUUUUUGACAACGAGAUUUUCAUCAACAUGAAUGGAUUCCUAACCAAACCAGUCAAACAGAAGAGAGGAUUGCGACAAGGAGACUCUAUUUCACCAAUCUUGUUCAACUUUGCAAUAGAUCCCUUCAUACUGUCAAUCACUAACAGUCAAGACAUAUCUGGAUACUCAAUAAACCAACCAAGCCAGCACCACAGAGGACAAUUCAGCUCAACACCCCCACCACCUACAAAGAUCAUGGCCUAUGCGGACGAUAUUCUCAUCUUUGUCAAAUCAAGAACGGAAUACAUGGCAAUGGAGGAAUGCAUCAAGACGUAUGGUAAGGCAUCAAACUCAAAGAUCAACUAUGACAAGUCAUUGGCGUUUCCCCUACAUGGUGGCAGAAUGGAAGGGUAUUUCGGUACAAGACUGAAAACUUACACUCAACAGCGAAUGAAAUGGUUCGACUACAGUAGCCCAGAGUACAUCAAAUACCUAGGGUAUCCAAUAUACUAUACAAAACAACAACGGGAUUGUUUCAUUGCAGACUUAACCGCCAAGAUCAAAGUGCAAGUAGAAUUCCUCAACCCCAGAAAAAUAUCAAUGUACGGUAAAGCCAAUGUCGCUAACACAAUUAUCCUGUCCAAACUGUGGCAUGUCCUCAGGCUGACACCUCUACCGAAAGCAACCAUCAACAAGCUCAACUCUAUCAUAUAUCAAUACAUAGUGGAUGAGAAGAGACUGCAAAUCAAAAAGGAUGUGUACUACCUACCCAAGGACCAAGGAGGGCUAGAUUUGCUACAUGUAGGCGUCCAACAGCAAACCCUGCAAAUGAGGUAUAUCACAGCAUUACUAUACCACGACCAAUUCAAAACAAUCCCGCGGUACCUAUACCAAUUGAUGUCACAUACGCUACAAAUGGAGACGAACCUGCCUCACAUUGAUACCAUACUGAAAUUUAAAAAAGCAAGAAGCUACAAGAACAACCUAAAAGAUGGGGCCAUGAAACUGAUUAUUGAAACAAUGAAUAGUCUUCUUACAAACUGCCGACCAGAUUUUACCGAUACACCCAUCAAUGUCAACGCUUGUUUAACUCUACCACUGACCACCAUCUACAAGGACUGGGAAGACUCGGAAACUGCUGACUACCUCAGGAACCCUACAGCCAAGAGAAGCCUAGUGCAGGAUUUUUUCAAGCCUAAUCACAAUUACACAGCCCUCGAAUACAAGACUAGACAAGAAUGCAAAUCACCGCAGAUACUGUACAAGCUCAAAAGAGACCACAACAAUAACCAGUUACACCUCCAAGAUUUCUUCAGCAAUUUACUUCAUCCAAAAAACUCAAUACCCAACCACCAGGAAGAGGCAACUAGUCUAAUUCAACAUUUUGAGCACAACAGCAACAUCAUUUGGCUCUGCAAGAACAAAAUAAUCAGACAACUGCUACUCAAACAACUGGCUAUACAACUGCCUAUACAACUGCCAAAAGAUCACAACAAAAAUAUCAACCCCAAGCAAUGGAAAGCUUUCUACAGAUCACAUAUGCACCAGUCACCAUGA